AUGUCGACUGUUAUGCCCAGCACUGAAUUCUGCAGAAACGGUGACGUGGUGCUGAUGUCAGAUGUAAUGGAACUGAAACCGAAAGGAGGGCCUUCAGAGUUAUUCCGCAUCAGACGAAACUCCGCCCUUCCACUAGAAUCCUUCUGGACAUCUGUAGUGACAGUUUCUUGUGUCGCUGAUGAAGCUGAGCGUAACAAUCGUGCUGCCAAUUCCUUUGAACAAAUUGGCAGAUGUGUUGUUAUGCACUGCAUUCAUCAAGCCUAUUUUGGUCUUUAUUUCACGGAUUUUAUUGAGAUCGCCAUAAGUCACGGGAUCAAGUGCACAUCUUGUCCUGUGAACUUCUUUCUGGACGCGAUCAAUGAUCGCUCUGAACUAAACAUGAAUGGUACGGUGCGCACGCUGCCGCGCAAUAAAGCUACUACAUUCGUCGUGGAUAGAAUCCCUGAAGCUAUAUUCGACCUACAUCAUACUAUCGUUUUUGAUAAAAACACAGCUCCUGCGGAUGGUAUUCGAGCAAUUCGAACCGAAGGAAAGAAUGUCAUUGGUGAAAUCUCCUUGGCUAAAUUUCCUGCCAGCCAACUGUCGAAGGAAGAGGAGAGCGACGAAGAACACGUUGACCAUAUGUACAAAACUGUAUCAAGCGUAGUAGUAGAUGAACCUGAUCUCGUGUAUACCCAUUUCCUGCAACUUUCACAAUGCUAUCAAGCAAUGGCGACAAAUAACAAGAUCAUUGUUUUCACUGAUGACCUAUCAGUACGAAAAGCGUUUUAUGCGCUUGUUUCUAAUUCUGCUCGUACGGGUCUGGUCGCGGAAUCGAACACAAUGAAUCUUAUCGGUGUAUUGUCGAUCACCGAUUUCACUAUGAUACUCAUGAUGUUAUGGAAAUUUCGUGAAAAUAUUGGGGAAAUGAAGGGUACACCACUUACUCACCGUGAAUUCAACGGAAUGGAUAUUGCAAAUAUGAGCAUUAAACGGUGGAAAGAGUUGCUGAAGAAACGUAGUAGCGCAAGAGAAUUUAUAAGCAUCAAUACAAAUGAGAGCAUAUUUCGUGCUGUUGAAUUGCUCAAUAAAUAUCGUGUUCAUCGGUUACCAGUGCUUGACAAACAAUCUGGAGAUUGUACCUUUAUAUUGACUCAUCGCAGAAUUUUACACUAUAUAUGGAAAUAUUGUUCAUGUCUUUCACGACCUGACUACAUGUAUGAAAGUGCCUCUGAUCUCAAAGUAGGAACAUAUACGGGAAUUUUUUAUGCUACUCAGGAAAUGUCGCUUCUAGAAGUUCUAGAUAUGAUGAUAGAUAAUGCCAUUAGUGGUGUACCUAUAGUGGAGGAAUCUACAAUGAAAAUCGUUGACGUCUAUACUCGAUUUGAUGCUGUUUCGGCAGCACUUUCGAGAACUAUCGACAUGUCAAUCACCGUCGCUGAAGCUAUCCGUCAACGUCGUAAUAUUUGUGGAGAGCGUGAUGGUGUGGUGACAGCACCGGAGAAGGUGAUAAUGUGGGAUUUAGUGGAAACAUUUGUAGAAAAAAAUGUCCAUCGUAUUUUUCUUGUCGACGAUCUUCAACGGUUGAAGGGACUCGUCUCGUUAUCCGAUUUGAUCAUGUAUAUGGUGCUUCGACCAUCUAUCGCUUGGCAAAAUAUGAAGACAUCAAAUGUUUACAAUCAAUAA